UACAUGUAAAGGCUGUGAGCCUGAGGAUGAGCGGCAGUGAUUGCAUUGAAGCGUUGAGCUACAGUACCUCACUUCCCUCCCGUCCGCUAGGGAAACCCUUCAGAUGGCUGGACGACGUACUACCCGAGUGCAGGCGCUGACUGGAAUCGGCGUCGAUCGCGUGGGCGCACUGGCAGCUCAAAAGGAAGAAUCGUCCAUCACCGCACCCAAAGGUCGAGAGCAGCGUGACAAGCCGCUGCGAAUGGAAAACCUGGACACCGACGUUCCUCCCCAUCCCAUCGCCCUCGAAGCCACGGCAAAGGCAAUAUCAAGUAAAGAAGACAACAGCUAUCUGCCCUUCAUCGGCCAGCUCGGGUUGCGCAAAGCAGCAGCAGCGCAUGUAUCUCGCAUGACAGGCGGCGUGACGCAGUACUCUGGCGAGGAGAAUUGCGUUAUCACCGCCGGCGGGCUCUCGGGAGUCCUGAAUACGCUCUUCGCAACCGUCGAGCCUGGCGAAGGCGUGCUUCUCACUGACCCGACGUAUAUCGGCCUCAUAAACCGUGUGAAGCUCGUGGGCGCCAUUCCCGUCCUCCUCCCAUUGGAGUUCCGCCCUGGUAAACCCUGGCGCUUCCCGCGCGAAAAGCUGCGCCAGUUCAUCGAGUCCGCGCAGGAGACGGACGGCAUACGAAUCACGGCUUUGCUGCUGAGCUCCCCCGCGCUGCCAUCGGGAGCGUACCUGGAUGCAGACGACUGGCACGCCGUAGCGGAGGUGUGCAUCUCCCGUGAUCUUCUGCUCAUCUACGACGCUGCGUUCGAGCGACUUCUCUUCGAUGGCCGGCCAGUCGUCCAUCCCGCUUUCUUUCCGGGGAUGGCAGAAAGGACGAUCACGGUCGGGAGUGCGUCGAAGGAGCUACGUUUGAUCGGCUGGCGCGUGGGCUGGGUCGUUGGGCCGACGUGGGCGAUUGCCGAUAUUCGGCUUGUGGGAAUGGCGAACGUCGUUGUCCCGGUUGGCAUCGCGCAGAAAGCGGCGCAAGCGGCCCUAGAACAGUCUGCACCGGAUUGCCUGAUGUUCACCAGGGAGCUCCAAGCCCGACGCGAUCUGUUGAUGGAGGAGCUCCAGGGGCUGCCGGUGGGCGUUCCAGCCGGAGGGUGGUCGUUUGUCCUUCGAGUUGAGAAUGGACGGGAGGCAUCGAGAGCUUUGAUGGAGGAAGGGAUCUACGUCACUCCGAUGGAUGGCUGGGGAGAAGCUCAUGGGGAGGGCUUCAUUAGGUUCGUGUUCUCUAAUGAGCCGUGCCAUCGAUUGGAGGGUAUUGGUGUGAAGGUAAGGGCGGCGCUUAACCAUCCUCACCCUGAAUCGACACCCACGCUAUAAGGCCAUGG